AUGCAGAAAUGGGACGCAAUAAUGGAAAUGAAACUAUAGUAACAUAUUCAUGAUGUGAACAAAACAUCUCCAUACUUGGAAUUUGAUUCCAAUACUCAAUCACCAUGGCAACAACCCGUGAUCAACCAGGGGUGAAACGUCGACCACGUAGUGACAUCAUCACAGCGAGAAGACCACCAAGUUAUGAUACAUACAUGGUGCGGAUAUAUACUGGAAACCUCAGCAAUGAGAUCGAAUAUGUGUCUAUUGAAUCCAACAAAGAGCAAUACGCCAUUGAUAUUGUUUCAGCGGCUGCAGCAAAACUUCACAUGAGCAACACCGAAGAUGACCUUGAACUAGCAGAGGUGUUCUUUUCUGUUGGUCAGUUAUGUAAAGAACGUAGGAUCGGAGCAUCCGAAUACCCUGUCAAGAUUCAAAAAUUGUGGCCAAAAGUUAGUCAUGAGGUUAUGCAAGAUCGAAGCAAUCCACAUGUGACUGAAUAUAGAUUUUAUCUAAGACAGAAAGAGAAAGUACGAACAAGUAGUUCAAUAAAUACAUGGGUUGAGUACUUAGAUCCAAGCCCAAUUGAUAACUUCAUGAGUACAUUUCUAGUCCAACCCCAAACAAAGGAGUACCAAGAUUUGUGCAACCUUCCCGAUCUCAACGAGCGAACUUUAAUGGAUAACCUUCGUGCUCGAUUUCAAAAUGGGAAUAUAUAUACUUACGUAGGCUCUAUUUUAAUUGCAAUGAAUCCUUUUAAAUUUUACCCGAUAUAUAACCCUAAGUAUGUGAAAAUGUACCAGAACAAACGCCUAGGUGAGCUACAUCCCCAUAUAUUUGCAAUAGCGGAUGCUGCGUUUUAUAACAUGGUGCAUCAGCGGAGGGAUCAAUGUAUUGUGAUAUCUGGGGAAAGCGGGUCUGGAAAAACAGAAAGUACAAACUUGUUGUUACAUCAUUUGACGGCAUUGAGUCAGAAAGGUCUACAUGGAAGUGGUGUUGAACAUACUAUACUUGGAGCAGGACCUGUCUUGGAGGCAUUUGGCAACGCUAAGACAGUGUAUAACAACAACUCCAGUAGGUUUGGCAAGUUUAUCCAGGUCAAUUACAGAGAGAAUGGCAUGGUACAUGGAGCUAUUGUUGACCAAUAUCUCCUGGAGAAGUCACGAAUUGUCUCACAGGCCAAGGAUGAAAGAAACUACCAUGUGUUUUACUAUCUUCUGGCUGGGGCCUCCGAGAGUGAGAAAGAAACUCUGUCACUUACUAAACCUGAGGAUUAUCACUAUCUGAACCAGAAUGAUUGUUACACGCUUGAGAACAUUGAUGGAGAAAACAUGGAUGAAGCUCAUGAGUUUGCACGUCUGAAGCAAUCUAUGGAGAUGGUCGGCUUCUCCACAGAUAUACAGAGACGACUGUUUGCGGUGUUGGCUGCUGUGUUGCAUCUAGGCAAUGUGGAGUACAAAAAGAAAUCUGAACGGUCUGCCCACCAUGAGUCUGUUGAGAUUAAAAACAUGUACCUGGUGACGAUAAUCUCCAACUUACUGCGUGUGAAGGAUGAGACCCUGGUGGAAGCCCUUACUAAGAAGAAGACGCAAGCUGGUGGAGAGACAGUAUUAAUCAACUACAAAAUGGAGGAGGCAAUAGCUACGAGGGAUGGGAUGGCAAAAUGUCUCUAUGGUGCCUUGUUUGACUGGAUCGUGCUGCAGGUCAACCACGCUUUAGUCUGCAAGAAAGAUAAUAGAGACCAUCAGGGUAAUUCUAUAGGUGUCCUGGAUAUAUUUGGGUUUGAGGACUUUGAGAGGAACAGCUUUGAACAGUUCUGUAUCAACUAUGCCAACGAACACUUACAGUAUUACUUUAACCAACAUAUAUUCAAAUUUGAACAGGAAGAGUACAUGAGAGAAGGGAUCCAGUGGAAGAACAUUGAGUUUAUAGAUAACACUGGAUGUCUGGAUCUAUUUGCCAAGAAACCUGCUGGUCUCUUCAGCCUACUUGAUGAGGAAUGCAAUUUCCCUGGAGCAACUAAUGAGACAUUACUGCAGAAGUUUCACAGUCAACACCGCAAUACCCCUUACUAUGAGGCCCCUCGUACAACCCACACUGUAUUCAGUGUAGUGCAUUAUGCAGGCAAAGUGCAGUAUGGAAUUAGGGACUUCCGAGAAAAGAAUUUGGACCUCAUGCGACAAGAUGUUGUGUUUGUCUUAAAGAAUAGCACCCAGUCUUUUGUUCGAGAACUGGUUGGAGCAGACCCCUUAGCGGUGUUACGAUGGGCUAUUUUACGUGCAUUUUUCCGAGGGGUAGCAGCAUUCAAAAUGGCUGGAAAGCGUUAUAGGAAACAAGGAGGUAGGAUAGGUUCAAUAAGACGCAAAGCCCAACAGAACUCGCUCAAAGCUCAGUCCACUAGUAGUUUACCUGUACGACAACUCUCUAUGGGGCCUAAGUCAACUUCUACAAGUUCUAUGGACAGUAUUCAGACCAUGGGACUUGGUGGGAUGUUUGAAACAACACUCGCUCUCACAGUUCUGCGCCGUAUCAAGAAAAACAAGUCUUUCAAGCCAAAAAGCAGUAGGAGCUUAAAGGGGUUCCGGGACCUGAAGUCUAUGCGUGCAAUGCAGGGGAAAGGUGCAAUUAGUCGGAGGUCAUCCAGUAAAAAGAUGCCAAGUGUUAGCGCCCAAUUCCAGCAUUCUUUGUCAAAAUUGAUGGAGACAUUAGACAAAGGGAAUCCAUAUUUCAUCCGCUGUAUCAAGUCUAACGCAGACAAGGCUCCGUGUAGGUUUGAUGAUGAGACAGUUUUGCGGCAGUUACGUUACACUGGCAUGCUGGCUACAGUCAUGAUUAGACAGUCAGGCUAUAACUACAGACUUACAUUUGAGGAGUUCAUCUUCAACUACAAGAUCUUGCUGCCUAAUGGUCUAUUAAGCUCUCGGGAAGAUGUCACAAAGUUUCUGAAUUCUCUUGGUCUGAACAAAGACAAUUACCAGAUUGGCAAGACUAAGGUGUUUCUGCGAGAAACUGAGAAGUUGAGGUUAGACGACAUGCUCCACCAGGCCAUCAUGGCAUGCAUCAUCAAGAUACAACGCUUGGUUCGGGCUAAACAAGAGAGACAGAGAUAUAUUAAGAUGAGGAGUUCUGUAAUCAAGAUACAAGCUGUUGUGCGAAGUUACAUCGCAAGGAGGCGUAUAAGGCUUGGUAUAUAUGCUGCAAUGUUGAUUCAAAAGUACUAUAAAGGUUAUAAAGUGCGGAAGGCAUUCCGGGAGAAAGUCCAGGCUGCAGUUCAAAUACAGAGUGCGAUACGAUUCUACCUAGCUCAAAAAAGAUACCAGUCCCUGCUUGAGGAGAGAAGACUUCGGCUCUUAGCUGAAGAGGAAGAAAAGGAACGGCAACUCCAAGCUGAGCAUAUGCGUAAGAUGAUCGAGGAGCGUCGACUUAAAGAACUACGUGAGGCUGAGAUUAAGAAAAAACUGGAAGAACAAAAGAAACAGGAAGAACUUGCCAAAGCUCAACGCCAGAAAGAACUUAAUGAUAUUCUUAACCUUUCAACAAGUGAUGAGGGCAUAUUAACAAAUAAAGAUUCGAGUAGUACUGAAGAACUGGAUUAUGAUCACCCAAAAUCCCACUUGUAUGACUCUGAAGAGAGCAGUGGAAUCUUGGACGACCACUCAGAAACUGAAUUAGACCAGAGUUUGCAUCGUAAAAGUCGCGACUCUAUUGUCAGUCCCCCAACAACAUUGUCCCAUGCUGCAAAGCAACAUGAUACACUACCUAGACACCCUGUUGAAGUAGUUCCAUCUCUCCCAGGAGAUGGUGCUGUCACUCCUGAUGAUGAAACGGAUCAGGGUCAAAUUCAAAGGUCAAGGUCAAAUUCAAGAGUUUUACAAAUGGCGCAAUCAUUUGAAAGGAUAGAUGAAACUCCUAGCUCUUCUAGUCAACCCCCACCUGAGCCGCCCCCUCGUCGACGUCAAAUCCUUAUGAAAUCUCAAUCUGCUGAUACUAUAAACAAAUCCCAGCCCCGUGUUAUAGCCCCCCUAGCCAAGCAAGAGUCUCUGGCAGAUUUCUACUCAGAGGAGUACACGGAAGACAAUGAACUCAAUUCAUCAUUUACUCGCCAGGGGGCUCUUACUCCUGAUAAACUUAAAGAAAUUGAGAAAAUGGUGAACCGUCGCAGAGAUAAACUAGAGGUAGAAGAAGACGGAUCUGCAGCCCCUGCCAGCUCUCGGAGCCCCUUCCGUCGGGCUAAGAAACACAUCAAAAACUUCAUGGGAGGAAAGAAAUCAAAGAAGGAUAUUUAUGAACAAAGUGAUGAGUCUGAUACUGAAGAAACCAGCAACACAAACACCUCAGCCAGCAUUCUUGGCAAAUCCAUUGGUGUUCCAGUGCUUCCAGCAAAAUCUCUGAGCAAACCUACAUCACCAACAGCUGAUCGAAGGAAAGAACAAAUGUCUCCAAAGCGUCUGAAGGAGACUUGGGCGGCAGAGAUGAGCCAUAUACGAUCAACGAGUUCUGCAGGAAAUGAUGAGGACCAAUUGGAGAAAAAACCAAAACAUCGAAGAAAAGGCAGCAAGAAAUUUAAGGGUGAAAGAGAACCUAAGGAGUCUCAGUGGAAUGUUGCUGGGACCUCACAAUGGCAGUAUCCUACAAUUAUACUAGCCUCAUCUGUGCUAGAGUUCAAGUGUCUCGAAAAAUUUAUUUCACAAAAGUGUAUGAGUCUCUCAGAGGAUGGGGGAAAACAAGACACAGCAUUUGACAGAGUCUUCAAGGCUACUCUGAAAGAGAUCCAGAGUGUAAUUAUAACUAAGACAUCUAUAGCUAUGCAGGUAAUUGAUGAAUCUUUAAACUACAGAGAUCUGAUGAUCAGCUUUGAGAACAGCUUGAGAUCGAAGAUGUUAGAGGAAGGAUCAAGCGCUGAACUUGAAAUCAUGGGGAUCAAUGCCUUUAGGGGAUUUCUUGAUGAAUUCAAUAGAAAAAAAGAAAAUAGGGAAUUCAAGGAAUUAAAGAAGGAUAAUAGGACCAGAAAUGAAGCUAAACAAUGGAAGAAGGACAAGAAGAAAAAAGAUCAAAUCUAUGAACACCUAGGCCACAAGUUCUCCACCGUCCAGUUCAACAUCCAUACGUACUGUGAGGUCUGCUCUAGUUUGCUUUGGAUGAUGGAGAAGGGAUACUCAUGUCAAAUCUGUAAAUUUACUUGCCAUAAAAAAUGUUGCUCAAAGAACACCAGUCCAUGUAGUAAUAAGCGAAACCCAGCAGACCGAGCAGAAAUGGGUGUGUUUGGAGUGGAAUUAGAGACACUAUGCUCCGAGGAGCAUGUAAUACCUGUGAUUUUAGAGAAGUUGAUUGCUGCCUUGGAAGUUAAUGGUAUAUAUACAGAAGGUAUAUACAGGAAAAGUGGGUCUGCAGCUAGAAUCAAAACACUCAUCAAAGAUAUUAACACAGAUAUGAAAUCUGUGCAUUUUGAAGAUUACUCUGUACAUCUAUUGGCUGGUGUGAUAAAACAGUUCUUCCGGGACCUCCCUACUCCCCUGCUGACCUUUGACCUAUACGAUGAGUUUCUGCGGGUUUCAGAACUUGUAAAUCCAAAGGAGGUAUCAGAAUGUGUGUUUUCUGUGCUAAAGAAACUGCCUAAAGCACAUUAUGACACACUGGAGAGACUCAUGUUCCAUUUGGCAAGGGUGGCCCAGAAUGAACAGAGUAACAAGAUGUCAUGUACUGGACUGGCUAUAAUAUUUGCCCCAUGUAUACUGAAGACUAGUAAACUAUUGCCUGCUCAGGAGAGUUUGAAUCAUGUCCCAAAGCAAACAAGGUGUGUACAGGCAAUUAUAGAAGGCCGUUUAUCCAAUCUGGAGAGUACACUUGAGGACAUCAAGACACUGGAGACAGCUUCGGCAACAGCAUCUGAUCGUCUCACCUUUGUCAGGGCAAGCAUUAGAAAGUCAGCAAUCAAAAAAGAAGGUUUACUCAAGCCAAAUGGUGGAACGGACCGACUACCAUCACAUAGUGAGUCAAUAGCAGAAGAGAAUGAGGUGGACCAGUCUCUGAUGGAAGAAGAGGAAGCUCUUAGUGCCCAUAUGCAAAACUUGGAAACUGAAAAGGACUUACUCACAAGCAACUUACGCGCUCUUGAAUGUCGACUCGCCAGCUCCGAUGAUGACAUGCUAAGUGGCGAUGAGAUUGACAGUCCAGAUGGUGGUGAUAUCUAUGCAGACUAUACGAACAACUUUGAUCUUCCAGGUAGAAUACCAAUCAAUAAGAAGAAAGGCCGUCUUCCGACCCCCAUCCGCCCGCGAUCUUUCCGAUACCCCCCAUCUGAUGAUGUUGACCUGGAUGAAGUCUUUAUUGAUAUGAAGGAGGUUGGAGGUGAAUUUGCAGUUUAAAUCAGAGAACUCUUAAGACAUUGUCUCUUUAAAUCAAUGACAAAUUACACAGGUCUACAAUCUCUGGGUUCAAAUCAGGAAACUCUUUGCACCUUUGCCCUUAACAGUCUAAGGACAAAUGUACAUGUCUCACCUCAUCAAGUACAAUUAUCUUCAAGAACAACCUCUAUGGUCUGAGAAUGAGGACAAUCUUUAAAAACACAUGUUAUUGAAGAAAUGGCCAACCAAAUGUGCAAACUCAGCAAAAUGGUUCAGACUGUCAAGAGUUUAUAGUGUAUUAAGUAUUUAUUGAACUUGAACAUAGUGAACCAAAAUAAGACGAAAUUCAUUGUCGAAAUAGAGUAGAAAUGCAAUAUGACUUUAAAUUAAAAAGCAAUGACGUACAAACCAUUGGAAUUGUGUCUCACCUUGGAAAUCUAUUCUAUGCACAUGUUAAUUCCUUACCCUGUUCUCGAUGCAUGCAGUAUAAUAAUGUUGUUAUAGUAAUAUCAGUAUGUGCAGUUAAAUAGAUCUAAAACGUGUAUAUAAAAUGCUGCACAGUCAGCACUCUGAUCAAAGCCAUAUUUAUGUCACCAUCAAGCAGUAGUGGCUUAUUUGUAACAGAUUGUUACACUCUUUCAGGUGGUUACAUUUUGUUAAUGCCUUUUUGGAAAUGGUUAAGGACAAAAAGUAUGUACGUGCAUUUAUCUAAGUAUUGGCCAGUUGGUAUGGAUGUUUUGUUAUUUAUGCAUCAUAAGUGUGGACAUUAUGGUAUAAAUGUGACAUUAUGGACAUCUGUACAUGUACAGUAUUGGUAUGGUACAUCUGCACAUGUACAGUAUUGGUAUGGUACAUCUGUACAUGUACAGUAU